ACCCGACUAGCGCAGGGCACGCCGACAGGCACUGGGCGCUCCAGGGGUCUCUGUGUCGUAAAAGGGGCUUAAUCUUCCCUCACACCCGAGCCCUCAUCCCUCCCAAGGCGCCUGCGCCCCUCUGCUCCGCCCCCAACCCUUCCUGAUGGUCGGGCUACGACUAAACUACAGUUCCCAGAGUGCAUAGCGCCGAAAUCUGUACCCGGAGAAUCAGGUGGCUGGAGUCAGGUGACUUCUGGUCCGCCCUCACCCCAAGUCAAGCCGGCCGGGGGAAGCGGGUGCAGUCACAAACGGCUCCUGCGUGCCGUGUGUUGGGUCCCCCGGGGCUAGAGGAUCUCAGGUGAGAGCCGGCGCGGCCCCAACAGCCUCCCCCCAUUUCCCAGACGGAACCCCAGAGGGCUGAAGACUGGUACAGUAAGUCGGUUGAGAUCUUGCAGCGCAUCUAGUUACCCCCCAGCCGCGCCAGGGCUUCACCACCUACCAGCAGUCCCGGCCUCGAGACACCGGACAGCCUCGAAGUUGAAAGGCCCGCUUGGUGUUCUUUGAAAUUGAAGAACAUGAUAAGCAGUUGGCUGAUGAUUUCUAUCCUUCUUCCCCUGAAGUUCAUAGAGAAAUGUGAGUCAACAGUCGAUCUCACUGUUCCUCCCACUGUGAAGCUGGAAAAUGGAAGUUCGGCCAACAUCAGCAUCACCCUUCAGCAUCCGUUAAAUGCAACCUUGGUGAUCACUUUUCAGGUCACAUUUCGUUCAAAAAAUGUUACUAUCCUUGAGCUCCCUGAUGAAGUUGUGGUGCCUCCCGGCGUGACAGAUUCCUCUUUUCAAGUGACGUCUCAAAAUGUUGGACAACUUACUGCUUAUCUGCACGGAAACCAUUCCAACCAGACCGGCCCGAGGAUCCGCUUCUUGGUCGUCCACAGCAAUAUCGUUAGCAUCAUAAACCAGGUGAUUGGCUGGAUUUACUUUGUGGCCUGGUCCAUUUCCUUCUACCCUCAGGUGAUCACCAACUGGAGGCGGAAAAGUGUCAUUGGUCUAAGCUUUGAUUUCGUGGCGCUGAACCUGACAGGCUUCGUGGCCUACAGCGUGUUCAACAUUGGCCUCUUCUGGGUGCCCUACAUCAAGGAGCAGUUUUUCCUCAAGUACCCCAAUGGAGUGAACCCCGUGGAUAGUAACGACGUCUUCUUCAGCCUGCACGCAGUCGCCCUCACCCUGGUUAUCAUGGUGCAGAGCUUCCUGUACGAGCGAGGCAGCCAGCACGUGUCCUGGCCUGCCAUCAGCUUCCUGGUGCUCUCGUGGCUCUUUGUGCUCAUCACCAUGAUUUUGGCUGCAGUCGGGGUAACCACGUGGCUGCGGUUUCUCUUCUGCUUCUCCUACAUCAAGCUCGCGGUGACGCUGGUCAAGUAUUUUCCACAGGCCUACAUGAACUUUUACUACAAAAGCACCGAGGGCUGGAGCAUUGGUAACGUGCUUCUGGACUUCACCGGGGGCAGCUUCAGCCUCCUCCAGAUGUUCCUCCAGUCCUACAACAAUGGCUUCAGGCAGCACACACGGGUUCUGACAGCCGUCCCAGGCAGGAUUGGGUGCUGAGCUUGGAGCCGAAGGCCUUGACCUAAACAACCAGUGUUUCUGGGAGCAGCUUGAAGGACUGACCCUGCAGUUGUGAACCAAGGGCGCUUUGCUGCCACUGCCGUGUUCCCAGAGACCAAGCAGCCUGGUGACGUGGCCAGUGGACUCAGAGGUGCUGGUGCUGGUGGCAGAGGGGAUAGGAUAUUGGGGUCAGGCCUUUGGGGUCCCUUCUCUGAAGGCCACAUUCUCUGAGCACUCACCGUCCUGACACUCCUACGUAAUUCAACUCCCACAACUUAAUCGCAGGUGGCCCAGGCCAGGGUCUGGCAAAGAAACUGUAUUUCUGAGCCUUGAAGUGCCCAACAGAUUGGUUCUGAGCUAGGCUUAUGCCCAAUCCCUCUGGAUCUUUAUCACACUAACCCCUUUUGGAUUUUUUUGAGGGAUGUUUUGGAAGUAAGUAGCUUAAUUUCUUCACCUUCUGCCUACCUCCACUUUCCCAGAGUCCCGGGGCCCCAUGUAAUCCCCUUCAACUGCUCCUCAUCCUGCAUCUGGAGUAUGGGAUGGACAUGCGUGCGCUCACACACACACACACACACACACACACACACACACCUGUGCCUUAGAGGCCUGUAAGACCUGCCAGUUGGUAAGUGUAGCUCCCCUACAGGGGAAGACUGGCCCCCUUCCCUCACUUCCCCCAGAUUCCUACCUGAGCCUCACCAAUUUUUUGGCUGUUCAGGAGCCUGAGCCUGACAUACGGACUUGAAACCACCUCACACAAUCCUCAUGGGCCCAACCUUUAUUCCAAACCCCCUUCUCUUCUAUCCCAGGCAGCUCUCCUUCCUGUGGCAGGAGGGGAGUGUCCCAGGAUGUGCCUUGUCAGUUCAUUCUCAAGACUUUUUUACUACGAGAUCAAUGUGAGGUGCCUGAAUCCUUAAUUAAAACCUGAUUUGUUUCCUUUCUGCA